UUGGCAUGAUUGUAGAUUAGCUUUAACACAGGGUAUCCUUUUUUAAGUACCUCUUGAAAAGAACAAGAUGUGGAUAAAUAUAUAGACGCAACUACCAAGAAGUGGUAUCAUUAUAUGUUGUAAGCUGCAGGUCCGCAAACGCAAAAAUUACCUACCGAAGCUUGUUUGCCAUAUUUAGUUAAUUAAGCUUCUGACAGGUUUCUGACACGAACCUGAAUCGGAUAAAGAAAUGUCUGCAUUUAAACAAAUGUAUUUAUUUCGUCUGCUGCACGCACUGCACUGCGUGAGGCGUUCGAGCUUGUGGAACAAAAUGCCGGCUUUCAGACGCCGGAAAAAUAUCAGAAUGGCGGCGGAUGUUUCUCUAGCUUUGACAUGCAAGGGCUCCAUGUGGAGCCGCGCUCUUUUUUCUCAGAUUUCAAGCCCUAGAACUCGAAAAAUGGCGGCCGCCGAGGGUAUGAACAAUAUCCCCCCCCUGCGUCCAAUUUGCCGCUCUCCGGGCCUCUGUUCAAGGCUAAGACAGCCCUUUUCUGUGAGAAAAUUAGGAUUUCGAAGAUUCGGCGCUAAAACGGUGAAACGUGUAGAUUCUUCGGCAAUCGCAAGAAAGAUUGAUGGAAACCGAAAGGAGAUUUUGCAGAGGCUUGUUCCUGGCGGAACAUCUAUGAAUACCUGCCGUUUGCUCAAAGAAACUGCAGAUUAUAUAGUUGCACUCCAAGCUCAGGUACAAAUCAUGCAAUUUCUUGCUAAUGCCGUUGUCCUAAACUGAUCCAUCCAUCUGACCUGCAAAUAAAUAGACAGUAUUUAAUGUAUUUGCUUCCACCGAGUCCGCAAAACAUUACAUUUAGCCCCCAGAUCCAGAGAAUUUAUUGUACCAAACUGUAGGCUUCAGAUUGCUUCAAACAGAAAAAUACCUUUUCUUGGAUUUAGGUCAAAUAUAUCGGUGGUUUAACAGUAACUUCUUUUCAGACAAAAUAAAAUAACAGACUCCAUUGUCCAAUAAAUUAUCUUUAGCCAUAUUCUUAUGUUGUUCUCUAUCAGCUAGAGCUGCUGUAAAUACACCCUUUGUUUUAGCAUCUUGAGUACAAAAGUGUACAUGAUAUAUACCCCAUGCUGACUUGUGGCAAUCAUGCUUUGUACUGGGCUAUGAUUAUACUUUAAAUGAGGCUUUCAUUUCUCAGAUUGUAUUUGGUUCGACGUAUAUGAAUGUAUAUGUGCAACUGGAAUACUGUUUACAUGCAUUAA